AUGUAUGCAGGCGUGGUUGACUGAUGAUGUCGAAACCGCUGUUGGUUCUCUUGCCCGGUAUGGGUUUGACCUGCGGUAGACAUGGCGAGUAGGGAGAAUGGGGACGUGUGUGGACAAGACUUACAGAAACAUACCGAACAUCGGGCACCAGGAAGGGGCAUAUCACGGUGGGGUCCACAACAUGCAGGUGCCAGGGAGCUUGCAAAUCUAUAUUCGCCGGGAAAGAGGUGUCAGGAAUGGAUCAGUGUCAUCCUCUGCUUCUCUCUCAUGGCUUUCAACUUCUCUCACCUCAUUUUGAACUUUCAUCUGAGUCACAUUUGGUACAUUUUGCUGGGAAUAGUUGCAGGCAUUCUGACGGCGGACUUUGCCUCUGGGGUGGUCCAUUGGGGAGCUGACACCUGGGGAUCCGUGGACUUGCCCAUCUUUGGGAAGGCUUUUAUACGGCCCUUCAGGGAACACCACAUUGACCCCACCGCCAUCACCCGCCACGACUUCAUUGAGACCAAUGGAGACAACUGCAUGUUGACACUGAUACCGCUGGCAAAUAUGGCCUUCAACUUCUGCACCCUCUCUUCUGCGGAGCUGUAUCGCAGCUAUCCCUGGCACUGCUACAUCUUCGCCCUGGCCAUCUUCGUCACGCUGACCAACCAGAUACACAAGUGGUCACACACCUACUUCGGCCUGCCCUGGUGGGUCACCGUCCUCCAGGACUGCCACGUCAUCCUGCCCCGCAAGCACCACCGCGUCCACCACGUCUCCCCGCACGAGACCUACUUCUGCAUAACCACAGGCUGGCUGAACUACCCGCUGGAAAAGAUUGGCUUUUGGCGGAACCUGGAGGACCUGAUCCAGGGCCUCACAGGAGAGAAGCCCAGGGCCGACGACAUGAAGUGGGCCCAGAAAACCAAGUGAAGGUGCCAUCCGGCUGCACCCCUACCUCAGACCCCCAAAACCCAUCCCCUUCUCUGCUUGCCAAAUUUCAGCACAAACCUCUGACACUUAUGAAGUAGAUUCAACCUGACUAUAUGUGCAAAAAAAUAGCUUUCAAUCUGUACGCUAUUGCAUUUUUUUGCUCUAAAGAUUUCUUUUUAUGGGGGAGGAAAGUGAGCAUUUGGAAGAAGUGUUUUCAAAUCACAAUUCAAGCUUUUUUGUAUGAAAAGAGUGCACUUUGCCUUGAUGACAUUGCUUAACAAAAGCACUAGAUUAGAUCUGCCCUUACUCAUGCUGGAAGCAGGAUAUUGUUUCCCAUUCCACAACUCGUGCCAGAAAAAAAGUCAUUUUUCAAGUAGCGUUGAAUAAAGUUUACCUAGCUCAAGAAAGACUCAAAAAGAGAACCUUUUGAAAAUUUCAUUUAAAAAAAAAAAGAAAGAAAGGAAAUUAAUAAAUCUUGAAAGUUGAAGGACUGGAAGCAGCUUCCUAAUGAGUCUCCACCACCUGCUUUUGAAGUGGGAAAGAAACUAUCUGAAAGCAGACACACGCUCUUUCAUUCCGGUAUCUUCCAGGUGCUCGUCUAUCUCUUGGACCUGAACUGCAGCCCUCUGCUUGUUAACUCCAGGACGUCGCAGAACCCUCCCAAAUCAGAGCCUGUUUUGGGCUGAACAUUUGUCCUCAUCUCACGGUCUUACUUGGACACCGGGUCAUUGCUUAUGCUGAUUUUACAGCAGCCUUAUGUGUGUGUUCCGCAAAUGCAGAGCCAAGAGUUCAGUCAAACUAGUCAAACUGCAAUGUACUUUGGCCUCUGCUUUAAAAAUACAUUUUUAAGGUUGCAGCUGCUAUAUUUUUCCUUCACUGGCACAGCAUUAUGGGUAUGGCUGUUACUAAUGAACAUAAGAUGUGCAAGUAACAGAACAUUUUUCAUUAUUUUCAAAAAAAUCAAGUUUAAGGUCAAGGCUGUACUUGCUGUAGCCUCUGGGGGGGGGGGGGGGGGGGGGCAUUGCCUUGAGUCUUGCUGAGGUAUGAAAUGAAAUUUGCCUUGCGUCUGCUGCCCCCUCUUACAACAAGGAACCCACACACGGGUAGCUUUGGGGCAGCAGAUCCUGCUUGAUGGGUUAUUUAACUCCAUCGCACCUUUCAUGUAAACUCACAGCCCCUUUAUGUUCAGUUCCAAAGACCAGACCAGCAGUGUUGAAGACCGCAUUCCUAAUAUAUGCUAAAAGAGCCAAGUCACUCAUCAGGUUACUGAUGUCAGAUGUAUGUGUUUGAAUUGUCAGGAGCCUAUUACAGUGGGUAUUACACUUUUUUUUUAGCAGCCUGACCUUGCUCACCAUGCCUGGGAAACCCGGUUGGGCGUGGCUUACUCUGUUUUCUCGUAUCGCAUAAAUUUGUAAAUGAGACGUGGACCUACAUGGUUGCAGACACCAAAAUGUAAUUUCAAAGAGCUCUCACACAUGCCUUGCAAAUUACAGCACGUGGUAGUUGGCUAGCUAAUAUUAAAAAAGCUACCAUUACCUGUCUUGUGUAAUAAUCUUUGUCAAUAGUUAGUUUAUCAGUAGUUAGUUGUUCAUGCUAUCUGUGAUAAAUUAUAGCGAUAGCUAUUUAUGCUUGGUUGGAAAGGAGGUGUAAUGGAAGUUAUGUAUUACGAUUGCUAAAUUGCCUGCUAACUCUCCACAAAACACGCAGACCAAAUCCUUCUAUUACAUUUCCUUGUGAAAUCAUUGCUGCCAAUUGACACAAUGGGCCUCAUUCACGAAACAUCACAUUUGAUCCUAAACUGCGCAUAAGAACGUUUCCAAAAACAUUCUGGCAUUCAUAAUUUUUUUCUUAUCUGUAUUUGUUCAUGGCUGUUUCCUUACGCAAAUCACAUGAACAGGAUUGUGCAUAGACUUUACAAACAGCCAGCAUUCAUCAUCUCAUACACCUGGGAUAUGCACAAAAACAAAGGUCUGCAUGUGUCAUGAAUCUCAGUGUUUUCCCAUAACAUUUUUAAGAACAAAAGUAAGAAUAAAUUAAGAAAGGAUAUGUGAAUGAGGCCCAAUGUUACUAUGCAGCUUACCAGAACCAUCUACUGUGGGUUUAUUACUAGACUACCACAAUGUUGUGACUAGUUCUCAUAAGCUGUUAGGUCUGAAUGUGCAUUCAACAAGGAGAACGCAGCCAUGUUCUCCUCUAACAGUUACUGUUAAAAUAUUUCAAACUGUGAAGAUUCUAUUGUUUUAUGAUUAGGCUGAUUUAAUUAAGAUGAAUGCAACGAGAGAGUGAUUUCACCAUGGAUUGCCUGAGGAUUGUUUUUUAAGUUGGGAACAAAUGUUACAUUUCAUAAAAUGAUUUAUAACGGUCAGGUGAGUAUCAAUUCACUUGUUCACCCUGUGUCUGUCCCUUCAAGCAGCCUUUUUUGCUGUGUAUUGCUUUUUGAGACAGUUAGCUAAUGUUAGCAAGCAUUUGUGAUGACUGCAAAUAAGUACAUUUUGAUGAGCAUUCUUUGUCUUGUUCUUCUUUAGCCUCAGAAAAACAGUGGAAAAUCAUCUGUGUAUAAGGUUGCGAUCAGUAUUAGUUGGAGAGGAGCAAAAUGUAAAUUGUCAGAUAUCUAUAACAUGAGAGUUAGCUAGAUUUGCAAAUAAGCUGAAUAACUAGCAAAUUGAUUCAUAUUGUGAUGUCUUUGAAAAAAUGUAAAAAAAUGUAAAAUGUAAAGAGCUUAAUGACUUGCUUAUCAUUGACACCUAGUUCAUUCCUUGAAAGUUCUCAUGUUUUUUAAUGAGUGACAUUUUCUCACUUUGUGUUCACAUGUCAUGAUGUAAAUUUAAAAAAAUCAUCAUAAGUAACAUGCAAAUUGAUGCAUGCCAUCCUAUCAUGCCUGUAAGGAUAUUUUCCAUUACAGAUGAAUUGCUUAUGAAAAUUCUGUUUGCUAUUUUUGAGUGCAAGAAAGACAUCAUAUGACAAAAAGUGACAUACUUGCAGACAAAUCAAGUUUUGCUCAUAUUGUGUGUUGCACUCCUUAUUUUUUGAAGUUACUUUACAGCCUUUAAAUUUAAAAACAUACUCCAUUUUUGUACAGUCCGCAAAUAAUCUUGGGUCUUGUGACUGAUUAAAUGUCAUUGCCUAUGGGUUAAUCAGUGUCUUUUAUAAAUUGUCAUUUUCGAAAUGUGUAUGUAAGUUAUGUUGGGGUAUCUUCUCCACAACACAGUCCUUAAUGUAACUAAUUACUUGAAACAGGAGCUGAUUCUCUUAGUAGUUGGAGGUUGUGCUCACUUUGACAGAGAUAAAGUUGAGAAAUCAGAACAACUUGUGGUCUAUUGCUAGUAAAUAUUGCUGAGUUAAUAAUUGUUGUAAUUAUACGAUUUGACUUGUGGGUGUACUGAGAGCAUAUGUUUUUCUCACUGCUGUUAAUGGGCUAGUAGUAGGAGUAAUCUGUUGACUACUCUGCUGCAACAUUUUGAUCCGAGGAGCUGUUUUUCUGCAAAACAUUAAGCCAUAUGUGUAAAAAAAAAAAAAAAAAGUUUUUAGAAAGUGUAAAUAAACAUGUUAUUCAUGGUAUGAGAAGUAAAGCUGGGUGUGUGUGUGUGUGUGAGAGAGAGAGAGAGUGAGAGAGAGAUAUAGAUAUCAUAGUUUUGCCAUGUUUAAAUGCUUUGCAGUAUAUUGAAAAGUGACAAGAUGGAAAAUAAAAAUAAAAAGUGAGUGCC